GCCCCCGCUGGGUCACGUGGGCCGGUCACGUGGCGCCCAACAUGGCGGCGCCCAUGGCGGCGGCGAGCGGCGGCUCCGUGACGCGGCGGCUGCUCCGGGGCGUCUCCCGCAGCCUCAGCGGCGGCGGGGCCCCGGCCGAGGAGCCCGAGGCCGCCGUGGUUAACGUCGUCUUCGUGGACCGGGAGGGGCGGCAGGUGCCGGUGCGCGGCAGAGUCGGUGACAACGUGCUGCACCUGGCGCAGCGGCACGGGCUGGAGCUGGAGGGCGCCUGCGAGGCCUCGCUGGCCUGCUCCACCUGCCACGUUUACAUCAGCGAGCCGCACCUGGGGCGGCUCCCGGCGCCGGACGAGCGGGAGGAGGACCUGCUGGACCAGGCGCCGCUGCUGCAGGAGAACUCGCGGCUCGGCUGCCAGCUGCGCCUCAGCCCCGCGCUGGAGGGGGCGCGCAUCACCCUGCCCCGGCAGACCCGCAACUUCUACGUGGACGGGCACGUCCCCAAACCCCACUGACCCCAAAAACCCCAAACCCCCCUGACCCCAAACCCACUGACCCCAAAAACCCCAAAACCCCCUGACCCCAAACCCCCCUGACCCCAAACCCACUGACCCCAAAAACCCCAAAUCCCCCUGACCCCAAACCCACUGACCCCAAAAACCCCAAACCCCCCGACCCCAAACCCACUGACUGGGAGGACACAUCCCCAAACACCCCCGACCCCGAGGAGAAACCCCCAAACCCCGGGGGCACCCCAAAAUCCCACUGACCCCAAACCCCCCGACCCCGGGAGGGACCCCCCAGACCCUGCAGGGAAGGGGAACCCCCCUAAAAUAAAUUAAUUCCCUCUCA